CAAACACCCAUUGUUGGGACUUUUCACAAAUUUUCAGUUGUCUACAAACAUAAAUUUUCUGUGUCCAAAAUUAUUUGUGGAAUUCAAAAUUAUUAGUUUUAUCAAUAUUCUAAUUCACCAACUAAUUACAAAAUGGAAUUCAAUCGAGCUGGAAGCUGUGACCGAAGGGAAUGUAUCUCCAUCCACAUUGGCCAGGCUGGAGUACAGAUCGCCAAUCCAUGCUGGGAACUCUACUGCAUGGAACACGGCAUUGACAGGGAUGGCAAACUAACACAGAAAAGUGACGACGCACACGGUGACUUGGGCUCUAAAUUUGGCUGUGACGCGUUCUUCUCCAUCACGGAGAAAAAUAGAUAUGUUCCCCGGGCUAUCCUUGCUGAUCUGGAGCCAACUGUCAUAGACGAGGUUCGCACAGGUCCGUACAAGGCCUUGUACCAUCCGGAGCAGUUGUUGAGCGGCAAGGAAGAUGCGGCUAGCAACUACGCUCGUUGCUACCACACCAUUGGCCAACCCAUGAGGGACGCAAUCAUGCACCGCAUCAGCAAGAUGACGGAGAGCUGUGAUGGUCUACAAGGAUUCUUUCUGUUCCACUCUCUUGGCGGAGGCACUGGGGCAGGACUGACUGCUCUGCUGUUAGAACAACUGGCUGCUGAAUACCCCAAGAAGAGUCGGCUUGAGUUUCUGGUCUACCCCUCUCCAAAGGUCAGUAGCUCGGUAGUGGAGCCUUACAACAGCAUCCUGAUGACACACAAGUGUAUGGACACUGCGGACUGUUCCUUCAUAGUGGACAACGAGGCGCUCUACGACAUCUGCACCGAGAAACUGGACAUUGAGAGGCCGACGUUCACCAACCUGAACCGCAUAAUUGGACAGGCAAUCUCUGCGGUGACAGCAUCCAUGAGAUUCAACGGAGCUUUGAACGUAGACAUGAACGAGUUCCAGACCAACCUCGUACCUUAUCCAAGGAUCCACUUCCCUCUCAUCUCCUACGCACCGCUCAUGUCAAAGAGUCGGUCGUUCCAUGAGAACUUCUCGGUGUGCGACAUAACCGCCUCCUGUUUCGACACCACCAACCAGCUGGUCAAGUGUGACCCCAAGAAGGGUAAAUACAUGGCGUGCUGUCUGCUCUAUAGAGGUGAUGUGGCACCGAAGGAUGUGAACUAUUCGAUUGCGAUGAUAAAAAAUAAAAAGACCAUCAGUUUUGUGGACUGGUGUCCCACUGGGUUUAAGGUUGGUAUCAAUUAUCAAACACCAUCGAUGCCCGAGGAUGGUGACUUAUCACUUACCAAAAGAGCCGUGUGUAUGUUGUCAAACACUACAGCCAUCGCUGAGGCCUGGAAGAAGUUGGACAAGAAGUUUGAUUUGAUGUGGGCGAAGAAAGCGUUUGUACAUUGGUACAACAAUGAAGGUCUGGAAGACGGUGAGUUUAUAGCAGCUAGAGAUGAUCUCGCUCUUCUGGAGAUGGACUACCUCGAGGUUAACAAAAGUUUUGACGACUGCGACCAAACCAACAAUGAACAUUGAACCUCAUCAUAGAAAUGCCUUGAAAGAUGGUUAUGUACCCGUUUAUACAAUGUUGUAAUGUGUCAAAUAUAAGGUUUAAAGAUAA